UUGCCUAACUUGCCUCUUUUUCGUUCAACAUGGCGCUGUUGGUAGGUUCACUGAAAUGUGGAUUUUACUUUCAGAGGAGAAAACUGGCACUUUUACUACAACAGACUAGCUCCUACCAUGUUCUAAAACAUCACAACGGCCAGAAGAACAGGACAUAUCAUCUACAGCAGAAGACAUGCCAGGUUUCAAGCACAUGUACAAGGCCAGCAGCAUGGCAAAACAUAGGAAGGGACAGUCACAGGCAGUUACUGGAAGCUACAAAGGGCUUGAAGUGGUGGGAUGUGGCAGACAAACGAACAUGCUGGCAUGGACACGCUGGUGGAGGUCUGAAUGCGGAUCCAAAGAAUGUGCUGAAGGAAGUUGAUGCACGGAAGAUCCUGGCAGCCAUGUUUUCAUAUGUGUGGCCCAAGGACAGACCAGAUCUCCGGGCACGUGUUGCUGUUUCUCUGGGACUUCUUGCUGGCGCCAAGAUGACGAACAUCGUGGUUCCCUUCAUGUUUAAAUAUGCAGUAGACAACCUCAACCAGAUGUCGGGAAACAUGCUGAACCUGAGUGACGCGCCAAGUACCGUUGCAACCAUGGCAACAACUGUCCUGAUUGGCUAUGGCGUGUCAAGAGCCUGCGCUGCACUUUUCAAUGAGAUGAGGAAUGCUGUGUUUGGAAAGGUGGCCCAGAGCUCCAUUCGGAGAAUAGCCAAGAACGUGUUCCUUCACCUCCACAACCUGGACCUUGGUUUCCACCUGAGCCGACAGACCGGGGCCUUGUCCAAGGCUAUUGACCGCGGGACCAGGGGAAUCAGCUUCGUGCUCAGUGCCUUGGUCUUCAACCUGGGACCGACUGUGUUUGAAGUGGCCCUUGUCAGUGGGAUUUUAUAUUAUAAAUGUGGAGGCCAGUUCGCCUUGGUUACGCUGGGGACACUGUCAGCUUACACGGCCUUCACCAUUGCAGUCACACAGUGGAGGACAAGGUUCAGAAUAGAAAUGAACAAAGCUGAUAAUGAAGCUGGAAAUGCUGCCAUUGACUCGUUACUCAAUUACGAGACGGUAAAGUAUUUUAACAAUGAAAAAUAUGAAGCUGAGAGAUACGAUGGAUUUCUGAAGGUCUAUGAAUCUUCCUCACUAAAAACUACCUCAACACUGGCGAUGCUGAACUUUGGACAGAAUGCUAUUUUCAGUAUUGGGCUCACAGCAAUUAUGAUACUGGCAAGUCAGGGUGUUAUGACAGGGGCCCUCACAGUGGGAGACCUGGUGAUGGUCAAUGGCUUGCUCUUCCAGCUCUCACUUCCUCUGAACUUCCUGGGAACUGUUUACCGAGAAACCAGGCAGGCUCUCAUAGACAUGAACACCCUGUUCACACUCCUCAGUGUCGAUACCAAAAUUAAGGAGAAAGACAUGGCUCCACCCCUGCUGAUCUCACCUCAGACAGCCACCAUCAGGUUUGAGGAUGUAUAUUUUGAAUAUCUGGAAGGGCAGAAAGUUCUCAAUGGUGUGUCCUUUGAAGUCCCAGCUGGGAAGAAAGUGGCACUUGUCGGUGGCAGUGGGUCUGGGAAGAGCACAAUUGUGAGAUUGAUGUUCCGUUUCUAUGAGCCUCAAAAAGGCAGUAUUUACAUUGCCAACCAGAAUAUUCGAGAUAUCAGCCUUGAGAGUCUGCGGAAGGCCAUUGGAGUUGUACCACAGGAUGCUGUGCUAUUCCACAACACAAUUUUAUAUAAUCUUCAGUAUGGAAAUAUCCACGCCUCACUUGAGGAUGUGUACAGAGUUGCAAAGUUAGCGGGGAUUCAUGACGCCAUUCUCCGAAUGCCUCACGGAUACAACACUCAGGUUGGAGAGAGAGGUCUGAAGCUCUCGGGAGGAGAAAAGCAACGAGUGGCCAUUGCCCGGGCUAUCCUGAAGAACCCCCCCAUCCUGCUGUAUGAUGAGGCCACCUCCUCCCUGGACUCCAUCACCGAGGAGAACAUUCUCACUUCCAUGAAAGAUAUGGUGAAAGACCGCACAUCUGUCUUCAUUGCUCACAGGUUAUCUACCACAGUCGAUUCAGAUGAAAUCAUUGUCCUGAAUCAGGGGAGAGUGGUGGAGCGCGGAAGUCACCAGUCUCUACUGAGCAACCCCAACAGCCUGUAUUCAGAGCUGUGGCACACGCAGAACAGCAAGGUCCUGAAUGGCAACAGCCUGCCCAGCGAGGAGCAGAAGAGGCUCUCCCGCAAGGAGGAGGAGAGGAAGAAGCUCCAGGAGGAGAUCCUCAACAGCGUAAAGGGUUGUGGGAAUUGUUCCUGCUGAGAGGAGUGUGUCUGCUAAUGGACAAUACAGCAGUAUUUUGCACUGAGACUCAGGAGUGAGUUAUUUAUAGGAUUACAUGUCCUUCUCCUGUUUUGUAUCCUGGCUUUACAGGAUUGUCAAUAUGGUCCUUGGAACAGAUUGAAGGGACAUUCCCAUUUAAGAGACAGAUUGUUCAAAUCUGCCCCCUGCUUCCAAAGUGACACUUUUGGUAGAUUCAUAUUUUCUCUAAUAUGGAGACACUAAUGCAACUGGGGCUAAAUUGUAAAUGAGGUGCAACAUAAGUGUAUCCAUCCAUACAAUUGUCAGAACACAACCAUGGUUUUCUUUGAAGAAGAAGAAAUGGAAAAGCAAAGCUGUCUGUGGGUUUACCCCUAUUGAAGUCAUGGAUGGUUACCAUUUCACUUAAGUGAGGGUUGAAAUUUAAAUCUGCUGUUGGUGCAUUAUUGACAGUGCACUGGAGGUGCACCUCAGUUUAUUUUUUUAAAUCCUAAAUUGGAAGUAAAAUGAAUACUGGAAUUUCAGAGUUUUACAUGUUAUAUAGAUAAUGGUAAAGAGCAGCCAAAACUGUUUUGCUAAAAUGGUAAAGGUUCAGUUCACUGCUUAAUGUGAACAUAUCAGUAGAGUGCAUUGAUAAAAUGUUUUUAAAAAUUUAUAAUUGGGAUGGGAGGUGUUUGCAUUGCGAGAUUGUUCCAAAAUGUACUAAUAUAAUCAGUGUACAGUGAUAUUCAAAAUUAUGGGGAGAUGUUGACAAUCUGAAUUCAAAUAGACAAAUAAAGCAAGAAUCCUCCUACUUUUUACAUUUAUUUGAAACAGAGGUACUGUUAACAUGGGGGGCUGUUGCUUAGCUGGUGGACUAACAGGGGAUAUAGUACGAAUAGACUAUGUAUUUGCAAACAAACAGUUAAUCAAAUCUUUAACGUAAUGUAAUAUCCUCAUUUGGGGACUCUAAAUAGACUAACAUUACUGAACCCAGAAUCUAGGAUACAGAUGCACAGGCCAUGCCAGUCUCUGUCCUGUCUGUUAUGAUGUUACAGGAAUGAGCCUGGCAAGAGAGUGAAACACAUUAGUUCAUAUACAUGUACUUUUAGGACUGAUAGAACAAAGUAAUAAAUGUUUUUUUACUGUUGUGAAGGUCUGUAAAAAUCCCCCAAAAUAUAUACAGUACAGUUGUUUACAAUUUUCUUUUCUUUCAGUAAGAUUGUCAUGUAUCCCUUCAAUUUUGGCUUUCAGUGAACAUAUUUUGCAAUUAAAGUGUUAUAUCAACAGUU